CAGUCGCUGGCGCGGGCGCGACGCCUUCGCCUUCGCCUUCCCCCUCCACCAUGCCGUUCAGGCCCGAGCAUUCGCUCGUCAGCUUGGAAAUCCCCAAUCUGCGCCAAAUCGACACCCGCUCCGUCGAGAAUCUCAUGGGCAUGUGGUCUUUAUUCUCAAAGACAUCGCAUGCCAUGGAACAUGGCAAACGACUAGAAAACCUCUCGUGGCGACUGUGGACCCGCGAAACCUUUUGCUGUGCGCCUGAGCGACAAGCAUCGUCGCCCACCACCACCACCAGCGUGCCUACCCCACGCCCAUAUCGCACUCUCUCGCCAUCGAACGCGAAAUCGAAGGCGGCGACGACCGCUCGCGACAUGGCAGUGCCGCCGCUGUCGACCAGCCUCGAUUCCGUCUCGUCGGGCGACGCCGAAUUCCACCGCACGUCACACAUUCCCCAGGCUCGCCCGGAACUGCGACGCAACGAAUCCACCGCCAGUUCUCAGAGCCGAGGGAACGCAAAGCACAUCACCCCCAUCGACCUCCAGAAGAUGGUCAUCUCGAUCAAGGAGACGAAUCUGGAGCCCAUCGAACUUCCCAUGCCCACGCCAUCGCCGCGAGCCGACGACCCACCUUCCACGAGUACGCAGAAUCUGUCGACACUACACCUCUCCCCACCGUCGCCGCCGUCGCACGACCGGACUUCUCAUAGCACCGACUCACAGGCCACACUCCUGAUAUCGUCGGCGUCGACUGUCCACACCAAUGGCUCAGAGCGCUCGAACACUUCACCACCCGUCGGCUCCCAAUGUUCCGAGGACAGCUCGGCGACCGAAAUGAGCUCCCACAGCAUCAUUCGUGGCUUUGUGCCGGGAGGAGCACCAUCAUCGUACCGAUCGCAGACCAACCUUGCCUCACAACCGACUCCUAUCCUCAAAACAUCGCCACAGUACCGGCCAGCUCCGCCGAAGAAGAAAGGGGCCAUGUUUACCAUCGGGACCUCCUCUGGCGAGGAUGAGUCUUCCCUGGACUCGCACAUGCACAGAAGCGUCCUCUCAGAUAGCCUACGUAACAAAAGCAGUCUUCGUAGCGACUGUAGCAAAAAGCAAACUUCAUUCAAGGAUGAAGUCGCAGUCAGCAAAGCGGCGGCGGCCGCCGUACGGAACAGUCCGGUCUUCGAAACUGACGACGAGGACGAGGACGUGUCCGAAAGUGCCAUUGAAGAUGACGACGAUUCAUCUGACUGGGAAGACUCCGAUGAUGCCAGCGGCCCGUCAUCUGUGAACGAGAAAGAUCUCUUCCAACGAGUGGACUCGCGACCGAAUCUUACAUCACGACGAUCACUACUCACUACACUGAUGCAUGAGCCCGACCGAGCGAAGGCGCUUUCCAACGCCGCAUCGCGCUCAACUCCAGCGAUCAGGAGAUCAAGGACGACGACCCCCAACGGACCAUCUGUGGCCACCUCACCAGAGACUGGCUCGCUUGCACCACCCGUGCAACUGGAAAUACCAAGGUCAAAACCAAUCAUAAUGACCACAUCCAACACACACCAGAAUCUGGCCAUGUCUCCCCGCACAACUCGACGGAACAUGCUCAGCAGCGAACUUACCGAGAGUCUCAGAAAGAACCUUCUAUGGGAGCGCCAACACAGGAGUAGUGGAAACUUGACCACGCUCAAGCGACGGCACACAUCCACGGAUGUGAAAACACUCAAACAACACCCAGAACCCGGGCCCAUUCUGUCCCACAAGGACGGAAAGAAGAAAUUCAACAAUGACUAUUUCCAUCAAGGCCUGGGAGAAUACCACGCGAAGGGCUGGUAAUAUGACAAUUGUUCGACUUGCUUCGAUCUUGCGUUUCAGCGAACCGGAACAUGACUUUUAGCACACUACGACAUGGCGUUUACAGGUAACCAAUAUCCUCACGGACAGGGUUGGGCUAUCGGAAAGUACCUAUAUUGAUAUAUGGGCAAUUCAUGGCAAGGAAAAAGGGAAGGGAGAGGGACUUUUGAAAUUCACAAUGAUACCAGCAUCGGCAUUCUACAGAUACUUGACGACGGCCGCAACGUUUCUGCUUCACAAUACCAUUGCAGCGCAGCCAAAACUAAUGCAGUCUGAUGAGCGAUUAUGCGCUCGGCGACUCUAUGGCUUGUACAUUACACUUGUACCAUUACACUUCAGCAACUGCUACUACGGAGGAUGACCUGGUCUGCAGGGGGGACGGGUACUUUUGCCCAAAGGCGAUAUUACUGAUGGAAUGCGUGGAGGUGGUGGGCCUCGUGGAGAAAAGGAGGCUUUUGCGUGCUUCAUCCCAAGUAGUAAAAAACGACAGCCUUUUUGACCUGCGG